AUGGUGAUCACUCCACCCUUAAAGAAGAAUAUUUUGGAUUUAUCAUGGCGGGAUCCACUUGCUAGUCAAGUAAUUUGCACGGAUUCAGACAUGGUGAGAACAUUGAGACAAGAAGAAUAUAACUUUUUUAUGGAUCCCACGGAGUGCAUGAAAGUAAUGGCUCCUUCUUGUAUCAGAGAUAAAUGCAAUGAAUUUGUUAAUAAUUUCAGAGAUAGCAUUACAGAUAUUCCAAUGGGAAGACUUUCACAUGAUAAGAGCUGGAAGGAAUCUGAUGAAGUUCUUACAAAAAUUUCAAAAGAUAUCCUUGAAAUAUUAAGAGAUAUCUGGAAAAAUCCUGCCAUCAGUCCGAAGUUCUCCAAGUCGCAAAGUGAAGGGACUUAUAUGACUCAUGUAAUAGUUCCGAUGAUUCGUGCAUCAUUAAAAGGCCUCCCGAUUGGAAAAUCUGGUUUUAUUAGCACAGCGGAGUGCCAAAGCAUGGCCAGUAAAGACCGAAGAGGAGUUGGAAAGCAACCAGAUGUUAUGUUCAUUACCACUAGUAACGAUAGAUUAUAUGAAGUAUUAUUUACUGAAAGCUCGCAUCUAAUUUGUGAUGAACAAAAAAAGCAAAAUGACCUGGUAAAAUUAUGGAGGGAAAUGAACGAUGGUGUGUAUUGGACAUAUAAGGGGUGUUUAGCAAAUAAGGAUGAUUUCAGUAUUAUUGGAAUUCAAGUUGGAGGAACCAUAGUUGCAUUUCAACCCAGUACUAAUUAUAAGAUUAUAGAUGAGACCUUAGCAAGUCUUUUUGACUUGGAAAUCAAUACUUCCUAUACAAAACCUGAAAAUCUACCAUUAGAAGUUACUGAAAUUUUUGUAUCUGAUGAACCUGUGCAUGAAACCGCACUGGUAUUAGGUUGGCCAUGGUUUCAAGCAAAUGUGGAAAAAGUGGAUUUCCAAAAUAAAACUUUUACAUUGCAUGAUGGAACUGUUGUACCCAUUUCUGACUCAUUU